CUGUCAACAUUCAUCUGACUGAUAAUGCAGCUAAAUAUUGCAUUGGGAAGAACGCGCCGCGAAAGUUUGAAAUUGUAAACCCACUGACGAUACGGUUGCAGCGAGUGCCGCUGAAGGACAGAGUGGUCGCGAAAUGCGAAAAACACUAGGCCACGGUAGGAGCCUGGCCUGCGGUAUCGCUGACUAGAGAAAGAAGCAAUCUGGAACAUUAGAUCGAUGACGCAGUGAGUCAUUCAAACUAAUAACACUCUUAUCCGAAAUACGUGAUAUUAAUUCCAUUAAUCUGUAAAAUUUGACAACGAGUGUUCGACAAGUAGCUAAUAGUUGUGCAUAGCAGGCCAAAAGUGAAAGAAAAUUAAAAGUUAUAUUGGGAAUUGCGUGUAGUGAAGUGUAUCGAAUUUUGGCAGUGGUUUAGGUCAGCCCAGAGGCAAGGUGUACCGUAUUAUAAACGCUUCCAAAAGUGGAUAAAAGAAAAACAAAUAGCUGGAAAUAAAAACCCGUGUAAACGUGCCGUUGGCCGUAGCAUAAAAAAUCUAACAAAAACAACUUCGAUUGCACUCACAUGAGGCGUCGGCGCUAGUAGCGGUGUUUUGCAGUGUGCUAUCGUCGUUGCUGCCGGAUAGAAUCGGUUUCUGCCACCACAGACCAAGUUCAUGGUUUCACUGCUCGUAAUACAUAUAACAACGACGAUGACGACGAUGAUUGGAGCCGGAGAAUCGAUAUCCAUUAAAUAGUUUCCUCAAUCAAGAUAAUGAUAACCUACAGCAAAGUGACAGCCACAUCCUAGCUAUACACACAAUCAGCUUAGCGCUGAGCAACGAAACACACGACAACGACAGUUCCGUUCCGGAAGCAGGACCAAACACCGGAUGCCGGCUCCCGUACCGUUGGGCAAUCCCUCCGACGUGAUACCGCACUGUAGCGGAUAGUACUGCGUCAUGUUUGUGAACCGUGUUAAAAUUACUGCUAUCGUCGUUAUCGGCACCACGAUUUCCCAGAUCGUUGCCGAAAAAGAAGCGUACAAUUCAAAUACGAGAACUCUUCGAGAUUAAAUACAGUGGCUGCUGCUGUCACCGCAACAGUAGAGUGCAAAAUUUCGCUGCGUAAACGAUACCGUUGUGACCGUCCUUAGGGGGAUAGAUCUUGUUUCUUUCGUUCGAAUGUUGAACAUUACCGGGCGGAAGGUUUUAAAGUGUGCCUGUGCGCGGGGCAGAGCUGGUGUUAAAACUUCAAGCGGGAAUUAAAUUCGCCAAUCCGCGUAACCCAAGCGACGGAGAACAGAACGUAAAAACAGCACAACGUCUGGUUUGGUUAUAUAAUGAGAGGUCGACGAAUUCCGAUCGCAUUGCCAAACACAGGUGCCCUGUCUCGCAGACGUCACGCACUUUACAUCCGAUCGGCGAUCAUUGUCUUCAUUCUGUUUGCAUUCCUACAGUUCCACGUCAUCAACUAUGACUCAAACGAAUCGGGUCCAUCGGAUAAUGCCAACUACUCGACGGCAGCGAUCCUCCAGAUGGUGCCACCGGUAUUCCAUAAAUAUUUGACAUCGAAAAGCCGCAAUGCCACGCAUGGUCAAAACGGCACUCAGCUCGGCAUGGGUGAUGGCACCCUACGGUCAGCCAACAUCAGCGAAAUCCUCCGCAUGAUACACCGGUACAACGAGCUGCAGACGAUCCUGAACGAGGACAUCUUCGGUCCGUUACAAAAUGAUUCUGUGAUAAUAGUAGUGCAGGUACAUAAAAGGAUAACCUAUCUGCGCCAUUUGAUCGUCAGUCUAGCACAAGCCAAGGACAUUUCCCGAACAUUGUUGGUUUUCUCCCAUGACCACUUUGAUGACGACAUCAACGACUUGGUACAGAGCAUAGACUUCUGCAAGGUGAUGCAGAUAUUUUAUCCUUUUUCCAUACAAACUCAUCCAAAUGAAUUUCCCGGGGCAGAUCCAGGAGACUGUCCUAGGGAUAUCAAGAAGGAGCAGGCGCUGUUACGAAAGUGCAACAAUGCACUGCAUCCGGACCUUUACGGUCACUACCGGGAGGCUAAAUUUACCCAAACCAAACACCACUGGUGGUGGAAAUCGAACCGGGUGUUCGAUCAGCUAGAAGUUACCAAAUACCACAUGGGUCUGGUCGUCUUCCUGGAGGAGGACCAUUAUGUGGCGGAGGAUUUCCUCUACAUCCUAGAGCUGAUGCAGCAAAAGUCGCACGAACUGUGCCCCAAGUGUAAUAUUUUAUCGUUAGGAACAUAUCUUAAGACUUUCAACUACUACACCUACAAUAAGAAGGUGGAAGUAACGCCGUGGGUCAGUAGUAAACACAAUAUGGGCAUGGCCUUUAACCGGUCUACGUGGCAUGAGAUAACGCGCUGUGCACGCCAUUUUUGUGAGUACGACGACUACAACUGGGACUGGUCGCUGCAGCACGUAUCCCAGCAGUGCCUGAAGCAGAAGCUGCACGUCAUGGUCGUUAAGGGUCCCCGGGUCUUUCAUAUCGGCGAAUGCGGCGUUCAUCACAAAAAGAGCAACUGUGAAUCAAACCAGGUGAUCUCCAAGGUGCAGCAGGUUCUGCGGGUGGCACGUCGUUCCCGACAACUUUAUCCCAAAUCGAUCUCGCUCAUGAUGGCCAGCGUUGCCAAGAAAACCAAACUACGCAAGGGUAAUGGCGGCUGGGGAGACCAACGGGAUCACCAGCUCUGCUUCAACAUGACCCUUAUUGGGCGGUAAUCCGACUCUGUCAGUGGCGGUGUUAGUGACCCACCAGGCAGGGGUAUGACUGUCUUCAGAAGACUUGGAUCCGCGAAGGUCUUACGCCGGUUAUACCGUGUUUAUCUGUACAGCGAAAUUAUGGCCGAGUAACGCUGUCCUUAGUGGUACACCAUAAACUAGUGAUUCGUAGGUAUUCGUGUAGAGUUUGUAUAUUAAGGAAAUGGUGCAGAAUGCAUCAUUCAAUGUGAGAUAGAAAACGAGAGAACAUAGUCAAAGAUUGCUGUCCAAAAGUGUGAAGAGAAUCAAGUUUCUAGCUUUCAUUAAGGUUAUGUUGUUUGAUUGACCUUGAUUUUAGAAUGUUGAAAACUAGUUAGAACAUAUUGACUUCCUUGCGAGGAAAGAUGCAGCUAGCGAUCUUGAAGUAAAACUUCAAGAAACACAAACGUGCGUAAAAAAAUUCCAUCCUCAAUACGUAUUGCGUCUUUAUUCUUACAUUCUUCUCUAGGUAGCGACCAAUUUUUUUCCAUUUGUCUAUAUACCUAGACCACAGUUCUCGUUGUAACUUUCCAAUUAGUUUUGAACUAAAGCUAGAGAUAUGCCCUUCCUUUGUAUCUCUGUAUCAAAGUUAAAAAAUAAUAAUAAUGUUCCUUAUCGGACUAUUGUAGUUCCUAAGAAGAUUGUACGGCAAAUGACAAAUGUAAACCUACAGUUUUUUACUCGUGGCAUAUGUUUCAGUUCCCCUGUCUACAUAUUUAUUCCGAGCCGGAUAAGCUGGCUCGAGAUCAGAAUGCCGAAACCGAAGAACCCCCACGUAAAACAAGUAAAUGUAACCACAAAAUCGAAACAAUAAAGUCCACAAUAAAAACGAAACAGAUGUAAGCAAAGUAGCAAACUUGUACCAAAUGCACGAAAUUUUUCUUAUAUAGAUAUAUAGCAAGAAAAGACAUACAAAAAUAAAUCAAACAAAAACAAUAUACCAAACGAAUAAGAUUCAAACAAAACAACAGUUGCAGAACGCACACCUCAAACACAAGCUUCUGUCAACAUUGUUUGCCACAAUUUUCACAAUAGAGUCGUGCAAUCGAAUGUUUGUGGUUUUAGGUUGAAAUUUCGAUUAUCUAUACACAUCAUCUAGUCGUUCGCAGUAUAGGCAAAUAGGCAAAGCAACAAUUGAUUGGACCGACCGAGUAACGUUUUGCCACUAGACUAGCAGGAUAUUGUUUUGUUCGCUGUUAUUGUUUUUAUUUCUUUAAGUUACUUCUAGCUAGCAGCAAUAAUAGUGCGUUAGGGAAAAAUCUAGGACUACAUUUGCCAAUGAUGAUAGGAUGCUCUAAGCGAAGUCAAGCAACAAAAAUUACAGCCUUCGGUAGGAUGAUGCACAAAACAAUAGUUCUCAGAAAUAUUGCGCCUGAAACAAGGGAGUCUUAGAUUCCUGCAGCAUCCGGCCUGUGAAAUUAUAGGAGAAUGGGCAGUCCCGUUCGAGAAUAGGACUCUUACCGAACGGAGCAGUAGGGAUCAUUUAAUGUAACUGAUUGUAUGGAUCGCAUUUUGAAAACGAUAUCGAGGUGUGUAAGACAGACAUAUGUGUUAUUAAAAAGCUUGGUGCUCUCCUAUAUGUUCU